AUGAGCGGCCAAACAUCCAAUGACGGCUCCUUGGCCGAGGUCCUAAGCUCUCUGAAGUCCAUUCAGCAGACACAGUCUGACCUGGUGGCUGCUGUGGAUUCGUUAAACCACCGAUACCAGCAGCUGGCCGGUGACACCGAUGUCGCAGCGCUUGGCCCGGGUCCGUCCCUCGGCGAGGCCUCCGAGAGACCCCGCACCCCCGGCCGUUCCGAGGCUGGUGCUGUUGGUGACUCGGCUCAAGGUUCCUCGUCCGACUUGACGUUGCAGGCUCCGGCUGUGCCCUCCUCGCCCAGUCAGCGAUCCGGUCUCACCUCCCGAAUCAUUCUCACUGGUGGCUCUUAUUCCAUCUAUUAUGCCCUGGCCGUUGCCAGCAAGCAACUCAACUUGGAGCACAGACCCGACUUUACCAACACGGAGCCCGCAGCCAAGAUCGGCCCGUUCCCUCAAUGGGGAGACCCAAAGAAGAUCGUCGCCAUGGAUCCCUGGGGUCAUCUGGCUCCGUGGCUUUUCAAGGACAUCAUUGAGAAGCAAAAUGAGUGCGUAUUCAGAGUUAACACGUGUCAGCUUCCUGAACUAGAGGAGAGUGUCAGGAGUGGCCGGCUAGCUAGUGUUCCCGACGGUAAGGUCUGCCUCAACAACCUUGGAGAGCUUGCCGUAACCAAGUUCGCCGUUGAACCGCUCAUCACCCGCAACGAUAUCAAAGUGUUUCUUCCUCCUAUUGGUGGGUAUACCAAAGCUAUCCGGUGUCCUGAGAAGCGCGAGAAGAUGGACUGA